GAAUUAUCAGAAACCCUCAACUUCGUUGCCAUUUCCAAUCCUCAACAUCAAUGGCUCUCUCCAAACCCAUCUUCUUCAACCUUGCCAAACCUUAUCAUUUUCCACAACCACUCUGUUACGUCUACCUUCGCUUCCUCUCCUUUUCAUCUCCCGAAGAAGCUGCCGCAGAAAGACGCCGUCGCAAACGCCAGCUCCGUAUCGAACCUCCGCUUUCUGCUCUUAAUCGCUCUCAGCCCCAGCAAGCCAAGCCUCAAUCCCAAUCUCCACCGUAUUAUCUGAACCCUAACAAUCCUAAGCUCCCUGAACAUGUUUCUGCUCUUACGGGUAAUCGCCUCAACCUCCACAAUCGCAUCCUCACUCUUAUUCGCCAAAAUGACCUCGAAGAAGCUUCUCUCUACACUCGCCACUCCAUCUAUUCUAAUUGCCGGCCCACGAUUUUUACCAUCAACGCCGUGCUCACUGCUCUUCUUCGACAGUCUAAAUACUCUGAUCUUUUGUCCCUCCAUCGUUUCAUUACCCAAGCUGGUGUUGUACCCAAUAUCAUAACUCAUAAUCUCAUCUUUCAGACGUAUCUUGAUUGCCGAAAGCCCGAUACGGCGUUGGAGCAUUACAAGCAAUUUAUCAAUGACGCCCCCAUGAACCCAUCUCCUACUACUUAUCGUAUUCUAAUCAAAGGUUUGGUGGAUAACAAUAAGCUGGACCGAGAUGAGAUUAAAGAGGAAAUGGAUGGCAGAGGGUUUGCGCCGGACCCAAUUGUGUAUCACUAUCUGAUGCUGGGUCAUGCCAGGAAUUCAGAUCCGGAUGGCGUGUUUAAGCUUUAUGAGGAGUUGAAAGGAAAAUUGGGAGGGGUUAUUGAAGAUGGGGCUGUGUAUGGGAGCUUGAUGAAGGGGUAUUUCCUGAGGGAAAUGGAUAAAGAAGCUAUGGAAUGUUACGAGGAGGCUGUUGGAGAGAAUUCCAAGGUGAAGAUGAGUGCCAUUGCAUAUAAUUCGGUUUUGGAUGCAUUGAGCAAGAACGGAAAGUUUGAUGAGGCCUUGAAGUUGUUUGAUAGGAUGACAAGGGAGCACAACCCUCCAAGGCGAUUGGCAGUUAAUUUGGGAAGCUUCAAUGUGAUGGUUGAGUAUUGUGCACAAGGAAGAUUUAAUGAGGCAAUGGAAGUAUUUAGGAAAAUGGGUGAAUAUAGGUGCAGCCCAGACACAUUAUCGUUUAAUAAUUUGAUUGAGCAAUUGUGUAAUAAUGGAAUGCUCGUGGAAGCUGAGGAGAUUUAUGGCGAAAUGGAGGGCAAAGAGGUGAACCCAGAUGAGUAUACUUAUGGUUUAUUGAUGGAUACUUGCUUCAAAGAGGAUAGGCCAGAUGAUGCAGCCGCAUAUUUUAGAAAAAUGGUUGAAUCUGGGCUGAGACCAAACCUGGCAGUUUACAAUAGGUUGGUUGAUGGCUUGGUAAUUGGCAGGAUUGAUGAGGCGAAGUCUUUCUUUGACCUGAUGGUCAAGAAACUCAAAAUGGAUGUUGCAAGUUAUCAGUUUAUGAUGAUGCUCAGCAAUGAGGGAAGAUUGGAUGAGGUUCUUGGAAUAGUUGAUACCUUGUUGGAUGACAAUGGAGUUGAUUUUGAUGAGGAUUUCCAGGAGUUUGUUAAGGCAGAGUUGAGAAAAGAAGGGAGAGAGGAGGAGUUGACCAAGCUUAUGGAGGAGAAGGAAAGGAAGAAGGCUGAAGCGAAGGCUAAGGAGGCUGAGGCAGCUGAAGCUGCAAAAAGAAGUGCAAGAGCUGCAGUGGCUUCUUUGCUUCCGUCAAAGUUGUUUGGGAAUAAGGAAACAGAUUCAGAAUCUCUACCUGAAGGUGAAGUUCAAACUUUUAAGGAAGAGAGCAAUGCCAAGACUGCUACUGAGUCAGAAUCUGUAGGUACAACAGCUGAAGCUGAGAAUUCGGGUGGUGCAGAGGAUAAAAAUGAUCGUGAAGGUGCUCAGGUAUCGGCUUGAGUGCAACUUAGGUACUUGGAUGAGGUAUAAAUUUAUGUUCAGUAGGGGAGUGUCCGGCAGAGACGAAGAUGGUGUCAAGAGAAUGGUUCACAUAGGACAUUUAUGUGUUUCUGUUGUAUAUAUAUAUUAUUACACCUAACGGUUAAUUCAGAAGUUUAUUGUGAUCUAACAAAUUCUCUCUCUCCUCUCUUGUUCCAUGAUUUCAUAGAAAUUGUGGGUUUUGAUUUAGGUUUUGAAUAAUACAAAUUAGUAGGAAUAUUUAUAUUUU